UGUUGUCAUGGCGCCGUUUCAAAUUGUUGUCAGGAGGUCGCUGAAACUUAAAACGUUAUCCACGAUGCAUAUUUCAGUUUUCAAUUCUGCCCGUGGAUAUAUUAUCUAACUUCAAACUUAAAUAAGUGGUUAUAAAUAACGGCAAAAUGUCCGAAUCGUCAGUUUUAGGGUUAACGUAAUGUAAACAAGAUAAAUAGAAAGGUAGCGUUAGCUUGCGCAUGCUAAUAGGUAUUAGCAGUAGAUUUUCAGUUAUUGUUUACAGUUUUUGGCAUUGCUAAUGUGGACUCUGUCGCUGCAAUGGAUGCACAGUUAUUGCCGAAUGGAACCGCUUUUUCACUGGGGCUUCAAAACCAGAAAAGGAAUUGGGUCUCUAUAGACUCAACCCGACACGCAAAUCAAGAUUCAACUGCUAGGACGUCCAAAACAAAGUUGCUGUUCAAUGAAUCCAUUCCUCUGAGUGUCAUCAACCGUGCCACUCGUGUCGGCCCUCCAGCUCCCAUUGUGAUAGAGAGACUGCUUCCAUGUUCGGAGAUGCGUGAGAGUGCGGAGAGCCUUAAAAGCUCCCACAGCUUCACCGUGCUCUCUGAGGAGAGGCUCCAGGCGGCUGUUAAACUGGCCAAGAGAGAUCUAAGACGAAGGCACCUCGAGUCACUUGCCAAAAGUUCACCUAAAUCUGUCCAGGAGGCUUCUGUCUUUGAAACAAGCGAUGUGGAGCUGCUUCAGGAGCUAGCAGCGACUCCAGGAAAGCAGGAACCAAACGUGGAGAAGAGGAAGGCUCAAAUUGACGCUAAACAGCGAACAUCCAAGAAAACCCCUACUUCUUUCAUGCCACGUGUUGGCCAGUCUCCUCCAACAAGAGACCCUGGUCUAUGGCAGAUAGAAGCAGGCAAACGGGGAAAUUUAAGCAAUGAGAUCCGCAAACUGCAGAAUGAGCUAGAAACAUAUAUCAGGAAAGUGGAGGAGCUUGCUAAUCGAGGGGAAAAACUGGACAAGUCUUUGGAACCCGAAGAGCUAAACAAAUUGGAGAGCCGCAGACAGAAACAGGCAGCGCGCUCAGCACGUAUCAUUUAUGUUCUUCAGCAACAGGUUAAAGAGAUUCAAGAUGACAUUGAAAAACUGAGAAGAGAGAAAAUGUGGGAGACGAAAAAGUCUGUUGCAAUAAACAGGCUUGCGGCCGCUCACCGUGGUGCUCUCAGGGCCUUACAGGGUAUCAUCCAGCAGCUUUCAGAUCGACCUCAUAGCAAGGUGCCCCCUCACUAUAAAGAACUGGGCCAGCUGAUCCGUCAGCUAUCUUUGUGCUCAGCCAAGGUCGAAGUGGACCAAGGUUCAGUCGUGCCGGAGACUGCCCUGGACAUCCUGCAGAAGCUAGAGACCUUAGAGUCAGCCCUCAGUAAACAGGAGAUGCUUGAAAAGAUGCAGGCCCGGGUCCAUCCUCCACGCAGGAAGUCUCCUCAUCGCAGCACGUCUCCCACCAGAGGGACCAAGAGCCUCAGCGUGUUACCUGCUCAAGGCCCUCGCAAACCCACAAAUCCCAGAAGAGGUGCUCGUGGGCGGAAGAUUGUGUCACAAAAGCCAAGAGCCGCUUCUCGCCAGCCUCAAUACGAGAGAGAAAUGCUGAUGGCCGGUCUGCAGAGCGUCGUCCAGCAGGGGGAGCUGAAACCUCAGUCAAACAGAAACUACCAGAGAAGGCGGGAUGCCGAGAGGAGAAAGGCUGACAUAACGAAGCCGGAUCAGGUGCUUGGUGCAGGUUUCCAGCAGCCUACAGUUUCCUCACAGCUCAGAGUUAACCAGCUGCCUCAAAAGGAGAAAUCUGUGCCCUGGAUACCAACAUCACCCCACUCUCCUCCUCAGCAGCGAUCACCUCAGAGGGGGAGACCUGAGCCCCGCUGCCUCUUCUCUCCCGUGAAGCCCUCAUCAAGUCCUCCACGAGAGCAGCAGGCAGGAGGUCAGCUGGAAGCGGAGCGAAGGCCGAGCUCUCCGAAGAAGACAGAAGCUCAGAAUGAAGCCAUAAGGCGAGCUUAUCAGGAGAAGAUGACUAGGCAGAGAGGGACUCAGCUCAGGGAAGAAGAGGCCCCACCCAUACAGAGAUUCAGGUCUGAAGUGGUUCUGCAGAAUCAGUGGGCCGAGGAAGCUGAGCAGAGUGUCGGAGAGAGAAGUCGGCGACUGGCUGAUAAAACAGAGCAGGAAGGCGUGUCCAGGAACAAGACCGACGGAUGGAGGAAGAUUCGGCUCUCUGAAGCUGAGAGGGCAGUAGACGGUUGUGAGCGGCUUGGUGAGUCUUUGGAGGAAGAUCUGUUGGGGGGCGCUUCUCGUGACGCGUGGGCCACAGAAACAGGCGGCGAGUCGGGCGACGCAGCCCGGUUCGGGCUGCGGGCGUCUACCCUGGAGAGCCUGCUGCUUCGUAUGGAGGAGAUACAGAGGGACGAGGAAGAAGUGAGGCGACGGUUUGCCUCCAUCGUCUAUUCAGACCCUCUUCACUGGGACCGCUCAAGAACAACAGGAUCCCGGGCUCAGCCUCCUGGAUCUAGGCCAGCGUCUCCUCAACCAAUUAGGCUCACGAAGCUGGUGCUGAAGCAGACUUCCACGGCUGAUAUCGUUCUGGAGAAACCCACGGAGGCCGGUUUCCUGUCUGAGAACAGCCCGACGGAAGACUUGACCGAAGAUGAGCACCCGCUCACAAGCAGAGUAGUGUCCAGUGACAGAGCAGAGGAUAGCAGGACUGCCAUCUCGGUGCCAAGCAGCAUGCUGAAGAACAUCCGGCACUACAAGCAAGACUACGACUCCUACCUGCGUGCUGUAGGGGUUAUCGACAGCUUUAGUCCCUGGGUCGCGGACAGCCUGGCAGAGGAGCUGCUGUCAGAAGCCUUGGCUGACGUGGCGAAGGAGUUUCAGGACGUUGUGGAGGAAUACGCCGAGGCCGUCUUCACCUCAGAGUUUCUGCAGCCCGUCCUGUCGCCUCCGGCUUCAGCCGCGGCCGUCAGCAGCCAGUAGGAUGCCGCAGCUCUGCGUCUGCUGCAGUUUCUUCAAAGAUGAACCGGACCCUGUACGCGUUUGCUGCAUUACAUCGACAACUUCUUUGACACAGGAGUACGGAUAUUUAUUUUUAUAGAAUUUUGCACAUUUGGAAAGAUGUGUUAAACAGCCUGUGUAUUUAUUUUGAAAUGUGAAAUGAUCUCGAGUGAAAUAAAAUGUUCUUUUACCGAGGUUUUAGAUAUUUUUAAAGAAGAAGCUGCUGCAGAUGAUGACGGAAUUACGCAGGGAAACAGCGACCUCAUCACUCUUUAUGGUCCAUUUGUAUCUGUGAAAGUAUUCCUCGGGGGAAAGUUAGUUUAGCGAAGAUAAGCUUGGAGAGACCGAUAUGACAUUACAGAGGAUUAUAAGAUUACUGCCCUCUCUUUGCACUUGGUUUAAAUCUCCCCGAGGACUACUCACGCUUUCUAUUUUCACGGUGAAAUGCGGAAAUGAAUUAUUCCAUAUGGUCUCCAUUUGGAAAUGUCUGGAAGGCAAAUGGCAUCUUAUGUUCAUUUCCGCUGUUGCUUGGAUUCUUAUUUUGCUUUAUUCUCCUAAUAAAGGAGCUCGGUGCUCCUC